AUGCCUUACAACACCAACGCAAUCCCUCCCCGAAAGGAGCCCACCGGCCAGACUCAGCUCCCAUUAUCAAGAGUCAAGAAAAUCAUCAGCCAAGAUCCAGACGUGCAAAUGUGCUCCAACAACGCCGCCUUCGUCAUCACCCUCGCCGCCGAAAUGUUCAUCCAGCAUCUCACCGAAGAAGCCCACACCCAAGCAAAACUAGAACGCAAACCCCGUCGCAACAUCCAAUACAAAGACGUCGCCAACGCAAUCUCCCACCGCGACAACCUCGAAUUCCUCGAAGACGUCGCCCCCAAAACAAUCCCCUUCAAAAAGGCCAAAGCCAUCAACCAGGCCCGCCUCCGCGGCGAGCCCCUCCCCGACUCUGUGGCCCCGACAAACGGCACAUCAUCAAAGGGCAAGUCCAAGGCGCACGCCAACGGCAAGGCCGCAGCCGGCACCAACCCCUUUACCCUCAGCAGCAGGACGGAUGAUGGCCCUAGUGAUCAGCUUGAGCUGGAGAUGAGGCAGGCGGCGCAGCCCGAGGAUGAUGAUGCGGACGUGGACAUGACGGGUUAG